ACCACAUUUGGCGACGUCUCCAAUAGAAAAUUUUAUAAUCGUUGUGUUACGGCUUAAAGUUUACAGGAAAAGCAGCGGGAAACAACGCCUUAGGGCUCCAUGUGUGAAUAUCGGGUAACUUCUUUGCAAAAAAAGUUGUUAGAGCACGUUCAUUCAUAUCUGAACCAAGAGGUGGAUCACGCGAAACGGAUAUCGGAUAUUUAAAGCUAAUAUUGAUAUGAAAAACUACACACACAAGCUCAGUAGCAAAGUUUAAACAUAAACCCCGUUUAAUGGCAGAAGGUAAACGCCGAAGACAUAUAUCUAAAAACAAUUACAAACCACAAACGAGGAACAACGGCAAAAAACUCCACAGACGACUGUGAUAUUUGAUGAAGCCUGUACAUAUUUAGACAACAACUCUCUGUGUUUCCUUUAGCGCCACUUGUGUCCUUGCCACAAAUCAAUUCUUGUUUAAUUAAGGUGGUAUUGAACAGUGUUUCACGAUAGAAGUGUCCGAGCUGCUACGUUUUUGAAUAAAACUCCGAUUUGGAACCAAAUAGGACACUUACAAAGUGAUGUCUGAACAGGCGAAGAGGCAAACUUUAUUUACUGCUUCAUUUUCUAUUUUAAAUAGUAGGGCAAGAUUGAACGUCUGCUAUGAAGUUGAACAACGAAACCACACCGAGAGAUAGCGACUCAAAAUUGCACACAGAUGACGCCAUUUUUAGUAUUGCGAAGAUGCCAAAAGUACCUGACGGAGGCUGGGGAUGGGUCGUGUGUGCGGCCUGCUUUCUCGUGCAUAUGCUGAUAGACGGUCUAUUUUACUCUUUUGGUGUUAUAUAUGUAGAAUUGCUUGACUAUUAUGGUUCAAACAGAGGCAGCACAGCGUUGAUUGGAUCAUUGUGCCAAGGUGUCCUGUGUUUAAUUGGGCCUGUAGUAUCCAUGUUGGUCAGGAAGUUUGGCUGCAAAACCGUCGCCAUUUCUGGUGCUCUGAUUGCGUCUGCCAGUCAGGUUGUCAGCAUAUUUGCUCCAAAUAUGCAGUUUCUCUACUUCUCGCUUGGUGUCAUGACAGGUUUUGGAUACGGGCUAAUUCGUCUUCCAUCGAUGGUAUGUGUUGCAUCCUACUUUGACAAACGUCGAGCCCUUGCCAUAGGAGUUGGGGUCAGUGGAACUGGAAUAGGAACUUUUAUUUUCAGCCCCGUAACUAGUUUACUUGUUCAAAAGUACGCUUGGCAAGGGGCAAUUUUAGUACAUGCUGGACUGCUCCUUAACUGCAUCGCCUGUGGUCUUGUGUUUUUACCUCACAGUUUACUUGCACUUGGCCACGAACAAAAAAAUAAUUCCUUUGAAUUCGAAAUUGUCACUGCAAAAGCAGGGCGUAGCAGCCGAGAACAUUUAGAAAGGGGGCAACUUUGCUCAUCAGGGUUUGCUGAUCCGACCGAGGAGCCAACAGAAGAAACAAUCUGCGAUAACCCAUUGAAGAAAUCUACCGACUUUAGAAUUGCCUGCCCUGAAAUGCGAUCUCUUUCAGAACAAAAUAUCACUCAUGACAUUUCCACAAAUGAUAAUAUUUAUACGAUAACGCAAACAAGUUCCGAACUCAUGCAAAAUUUGAAGGGGAAAUAUAUGUUUACAUGUUCAUACUUUAUCUCAGGAUGUAUUGCCAGUUUGAAGGAACUUUUUGACUGUGCAAUAUUUAAGCUUAUGCCUUUUAAUCUCUUCAUGGUAUCAUCAUUCUUUUACGGUCUCGGGUAUUAUGUUCCCUACAUAUACCUUCCAGACACUGCAAUUGAAUUUGGAAUUAAGAAACUGGACGCCGUUUGGCUUCUGUCGGUGGUUGGUAUAGCCAAUACAAUUGCACGUGUUCUGUUCGGCUUCCUUUCUGACCGGAAGUGGGUCAAUCGGCUCUUCUUAUACAGCACGGCCCUAGUCAUCUGCGGCUGUUCUACUGUUGCAGCACCUUUUAUGAGCUCAUUUUGGUCUCUGGUCAUGUACUCUAUAUUAUUUGGAACGUUUAGUGGCGUAACUGUCUCGCUGAACUCAGUAUUGCUGGCAGACAUUGUCGGCAUAGAGAAACUGUCAGAUGCAUUUGGAAUGGCCAGCUUUAUCUCAGGAAUAUCUGUGUUCGCCGGUCCACCGAUAGCAGGUUCGUUCCAAAAUUAUGGUGAUGUUUCGGAAAACGAGACAAAUCUGAGCUGUUUUCUGUACGACAUCUCAGGAAGUUACUUGGUUCCUUACGUGGCAGCAGGCGUUACUACAGCAGCGAGUGGCGCCAUUCUUUUCCUUAUCCCAUUGUUUGAUAGAAAAUCUAAGAAGCAGUAAACAAACAGCACCGUUAUGUAUCACAAUGAUAAACCUUGUUUCCGGUUUAAUACAAACAUCACGUAUUUUUCUGUAAAACUCAUGUGUUAUAUAACAAUAUCACUCCACUCGUCAAUCGUAACAACUCGGCCAUCUCCGGGCAAGCUUCGAGAUAGACCUCGUAAAUAGUAGUAAGGAUAUACGAAAGUGCGAUGCGGCUGCCGGCGAUUAACACUGUUUUCAAUCCGCGUAAAGAAGGCCCAUUGUAACAACAAGGAAAUGGAUUUUGUUAAAUUAAAUGUGCUUGUUUAAGAGAAAAUAUUUAUUGUGACCUCAAAGAAUGUUCGUUUUAUGGAUAUUUAGAUGUUUCCUUAUAGUUGAAGGACUCUAUUUCCUCUAGAAAAAUCGUGAGCACACAGAAAAACCGCAGAAAAUGUACUUGACAGUCAUUGAAAUGAUCAUACGGUUCAUGGCAUGCAUGAAUCAUUACAUCGGAUUAAAUGCAUGCAUGGACUAAAUGUCAACAUUUUCUCAACAGUUAAUACCCUAUGAAAUGUAAGUUUUAAGUCAUACUUUGCCGUGUUAUUUUUUCACACUAUGUCUUGCCAUUAAAACAACAUUACUAUUCUGUAAAAUCAUUGAUUGCAUUGUGCAGACUUUUGUGGAUUGUGGAAGGAUGGGUGUGAGCUUGGCACCCAGUCAGCUUUACCAGCUGAA